UGAGUGAUGACACAAUUUUUGCAAGAGCGAAUGGUUAUAGAAGCAAAAUCCCUUCCAAGAUUAUCUUGCACUGUGUACUUGUGAAAUCCCACUAUAGUUAUUUUACCAGCUAUUAUUACUAAAUCACCGCGGUACCCAUGCCAAAACUGGGUAGGUUUACAACGAAAUUCUUAAAUUAUUAACUCUACUGCACAGAGAGUGAGAGAGAUCCCAGACUGUGAGAGAGAAGCGGGAGAGAUGGCGAUGGAGGUGGAGAGAAAAGACGGUGAAGAAGAAGGGAAAAAAUCUAGUCCGAAAUUAUCAUGCAUAAAAUACUUCGAUUCCCUCGGAUUCUGCUACUCUCCUGUUUACCAGAUGCAGCAAUAUUACAGGCUUGGAACUUUUGAUAAUUGCUUUCAGAAGUGGAAUGCUCUUUUUGAUUGUCUCAGUCUGAAAACAAAACGAGCUUCUGAGGAAAUCCUAAAAGCCCGAGAAGAAUCAAAAACACAUAUCUGGUCCUUUCGAACAAAAGAAGAGGCUGCAACUCAUUGGCAAGAACUCCAUGGUCAUAUAAAUGAUGAGCCUUGAGCCUUCGUGUUUAUUUUUGGUAGUGCAGAGGCAAUAGUUAUCAGUUCCCUUGCUGUCGUAUCACACAGAUGCAUUGUUAAUGCGCAAAUGGGAAGAGAAGUGUUAGGAUCUAUUCACAAACCAAAUUACAGCGGAUUCAGUUUUGCCUCGUUAAUUUAGGUUUGUGUUGGAUGUUUUGCGCAGUCAACUAGAUGAUAAGGAAGAAAUCAAAUGUGAUUUUCAUUUUGUACAUCUCUACUUUAAAUUUAAUCCUCUCUUUUGCUGCUGUC